CCAAUGAAAUCAGUUCUACAAAAGGUGACACAAACAGAAAUCUUCAACUCACCUCAACAACACAAUCCACAAACCCCUUCUUUCAUCCCGCCGGAAAACAUGGCCACCGUCACACAAGCCUCAGUCGCCGUUUUCCGGCCAUGCGCCUCAAGAUCCAGCUUCCUUUCCGGAUCACAGGGAAAAUUAAACCGAGCAUUGGCUGUCAAACCUGCCACCUCUUCGUCUUCCUCAUUCAAGAUUGAAGCCAAGAAAGGUCAAUGGCUACCUGGGUUGGCCUCACCUGGUUACCUUGACGGAAGUCUUGCAGGAGAUAAUGGAUUUGAUCCACUUGCCUUGGCAGAGGACCCUGAGAACUUGAAGUGGUUUGUACAAGCUGAGCUUGUGAAUGGGAGGUGGGCCAUGUUGGGUGUCGCCGGAAUGCUAUUGCCGGAGGUUUUGACAAGCGCUGGCAUACUCAAUGUUCCUAAGUGGUACGACGCCGGAAAGUCUGAAUACUUUGCAUCGUCCUCGACUUUGUUGGUUAUUGAGUUCAUCUUGUUCCACUACGUAGAGAUCAGAAGGUGGCAAGACAUCAAGAAUCCAGGAAGUGUUAAUCAAGAUCCAAUCUUUAAAAGCUACAGCUUGCCUCCUAACGAAGUUGGGUACCCAGGUGGCAUAUUUAACCCCCUAAAUUUUGCACCAACAGCUGAAGCCAAGGAUAAAGAGAUUGCCAAUGGGAGACUGGCAAUGUUGGCGUUCUUGGGAUUCGUGGUUCAACACAAUGUGACUGGGAAAGGGCCAUUUGAUAACCUAUUGCAACACUUGUCGGACCCAUGGCACAACACCAUUGUCCAAACACUUUCUGGAAACUAAAGAUGUUGUGGCUGAAAGGCUAAAGAUCGAGGUGAAAAAGAAGAAUGUUGUUGUGUUUGUAAGCUAUGAGUGGUGCAUGAGUUCUGAACUUUAGAUCUAAGCUUUUAAGUGUUAACAAGAAGCUUUUGAAUGUACAGAGGAAAAUGAGAUGCAUUUCAUCAUUCAUUUAAACUUAAUGUCAUGACCAUUUUGUCAAA